UAUUUGCCGUAUUCAAUCCGUAGUGUCGCAAAUCAUAAACCGCACAGGCGGCUUCUCUAAAUAUAAAACAAGUUUACUUUAUCAGCACGUUGGUCGCAUGCUAUAUGAGUAAUAUUUGUUAAAUGUCAAGUAGAUUUAAUAAAUUAUGGAACUCACCGCUGCCAGAUCAACGUUUUAUGGUGACAUCGGUCACUGGGCUGACCGCACACCGGUACAUGAGGCUGCGUCUCUAGGUCGAGCUCUGCAGUUAAAACAGCUGAUAGAAGCAGGAGCAUCAGUUAAUAUCGUGUCUGUGGAUAACUUCACCCCUCUGCAUGAUGCCUGCAUCCAAGCCCAUCCAAAGUGUGUUCAAAUCCUGCUGGAGGCUGGAGCUCAGGUGGAUGUGCGCACCAUCCAUGGCAGUACUCCUCUCUGUCACGCCUGUGCGGCUGGCAGCAUAGACAGUGUCAAGCUGCUGGUGGAUCAUGGAGCGUCCGUCAACCCUUCCCUGACCGCCCUCACGGCUUCACCCCUCCAUGAGGCCUGCAUACGAGGUAGCCCAGACUGUGUGAAGCUUAUGAUAGACAAGGGAGCGCUGCUGGAGGCCUUUGACAUUUACUUCGGGACGCCGUUACAUGCUGCUUGUGCUAAAGCUCACUUAGACUGUGCCCUGCUGCUGCUCAAUGCAGGUGCAAAGGUGAAUGCCACCAAGUUCCAUGAGACAGCACUGCAUCAUGCGGCGAGGGCCGAGAGCGUGGACCUGGUGGAGCUGCUGGUGGAGUUUGGUGGAAAUGUCAACAUAAGUGAUAACUUGGGUCACAAACCUAGAGACUAUACAAAACCUGAAUCUUCUGCCAAUCUCUGUCUGCUGCACUAUGAGAGUAACCCUCUGUCUCUGCAGCAGCUGUGCCGUAUCGUCCUGAGGACUGUGUUGGGUACUAGAGCUCUGGAGCUGAUCCCUAAACUGGACAUUUCACAGCGCAUCAUUGAUUACCUCAUUUAUAAAUCAUACAUUUAUAAAUAAGUUCCCUAGAGUCUUAUUUUCAGGUUUAGAAACCUUUACUGGACUGCAGUUUAUAUAGUCUUACAUUUGUAAGUCAAUUAAUUUAAUGUUUGACAAC